AUGCCAGACAAGGCCCCCGACAAUUUAAGUAAGGAAGAGAGAUCCGCCUUACAAUCAUUAAAGAAUCGGGAUGACAUCGUGAUCAAGAAAGCAGACAAAGGCUCUACAGUAGUAGUACUUGACAAAGAGACGUACAUGGCGGAGGCCCAUAGACAACUCUCAGACGAACGUUUCUAUAAGAAACUUGACUCUGACCCUACUAAAGAAUUCUCCACCGCUAUCACCAAAACUCUAGAUGAAAUGUUUGAAAAUAACGAGAUUGGUAUAAACGUCUAUGAGACACUCAAUCCUAUUGACUGUAGACCAGGACAAUUUUACCUGCUUCCUAAGAUACAUAAAGAAGGCAUGCCAGGUCGCCCCAUAGUUAGUGCAAUCAGACAUCCCACGGAGAAAAUUUCUGAAUUCAUUGAUUUGCAUCUCCGUCCACAUGUAGAAAAUUUGCCAUCCUAUCUCAAGGACACCACAGACUAUAUCAACAAGACGCCCUCGACUGGUCUUCCAGAUCAUACCCUUCUCGUGACUAUGGACGUUACAUCUUUGUACACUAACAUUCCGCACGAUGAGGGUAUCGAGGCCUGUAGAGAAGUCUGGGACAGUUAA